CUCGAAAAGGUGAUAUUAUUUGAGAUAAUUUUUCUUUUUAUUUAUACUAUUUUUAUUUUUUUAAUAUAUUUUUAAAAUUUAAUGAAAGCCAAAUUGAAUUUUUUUGGGAUUGGGAGAGUAAAAUGAAAUGCAAAAUUAUUUUUUAGUUUUCAAUCAAUAUUACAGGUUAAUUAUGAUAAAAUAAAAUACCCGUAGCUCGAUUGAUCACUGCGAUCACAGUGAUGGCGGGGCUGCUUGCUUGGGCAGCAGACGUGGUCGGAAAGGGCGGAAACAUCACCGGGGACGACGAUCCGAAUUUCAUCCCUCUGAUUUUGACCGCCGAACAGCAGGCCUACGUCCAAGAGUUGAAUCGCAAAGCCGCUUCUCUCAGCGGCGAGAUCCAAGAUCUACGCCUCCGCCUUCCGCCGCCGGACAUCUCCCAACGCCUUCCCGAUCUCCAUGCCCACUCCCUCGCAUCCUACGCCGACCUUGCUCUUCAGCUCAAUUCCCACUCCGCCACCAAAGAACAGUCACAACUAAGAGAAGUUACAUUGCUGGAAGAAAAUGCUGAAUAUGAGAAGGCCAUAUCGAAUUGUAGAAACAAAAUUGAAGAGAAGCAGCGGGAAGCUGAUAAACUUCAAAUUAAGUUAAAGGAAAUGGAUUUGGCAGAAGAAAACUUGAAAUUGGAAUUAGAAAGUGUGCAAGCUGCAUUGGAGAGCCAUUCCAUAGAAACAAAUGAAACUGUAACAAACUCUACUGCACAAGAUGGUACAGAAUCUUCUAGUUCCAUGACAUUGGAGAAAUUAGAGAUCAAGAAAAAGGAACUGGCAUCAAUGGAAAAACACAUUCAAGAGCUUGAGAGAGAAUGGGCACAAGUUCAGGAUAAUGCAUUGAAACAACCUUCUGCAGGUACUUCAGCACAAACAUUACUUAUCAUCUCCUCUUCUGUUUGGUUUAAGUUUCAGGUUAUCUCUGGAUCAUAUAAAAUGCUACGGAAAAGGGGGAACCUUCCAAGGGUAAUUGUUUUCAUUUUAGUUUUACAACUGAAAAUGCAAAAGAACACAAUAUGAUCUUUUUUUCUUUUUAAAUUUCAAAUAUGUUUAAAUUUCUUACUCAUUAUAUACUCUCUCAAUAAACCUUACAUAUAUUUGAACUUCACAUCUGGCCCAAAGUAAUCUCUGAUUCCCUUAGGAAAUGAAUAUGUAACUCACUACGCUUCUCACUUUUUCUAAACAAAUUCCAAUCACAUUUUUUACACUUAUGAGUGCUUCUUUAGUUAACUGUGUGCCCAGUCAAACCGGGCACUAAAUUAGGGAUGAAUGGAGUAAUAUAUUUCAAUAAAUAGAGUAUCUACAAAUAUCCAAAAUAAAUAAAUUUGAGUUUUAGCCCUUCACCCCGCCACAUUUAAAACCCUUCUAAUUAUCCUCUAUGUUUUCUUGUCUAAUUUUUUCCCUAGUAUUUUUCAGCUCAGCGUGAGAAAAUACUGGACAAACAGCUUCACAGCCUGAUUGAACAGCUUGCUUUCAAACAGGCCCAAGCAGAAGGCAUAGUCAAUGAGAUUCAUAUACAAGAGAUGAAGUUAGAGAGAUUGAAUGGCCUUCAGAAGAGGUCUGUAAGCAGCAACUCAGAUAUGAUAAGUGCAAGGAGCAGGUAUGGAAGAAGCAGCUUUGACAAGGGACUCAUGUCAGAUUACAUUGUUGACCCUCGUCAGAAGCCGAUGAUGCAUCAGGAGGCUGGCCGAACUGAGGGCAUUCCGAAGCAAAUUCUGCUCAGGUCAGCUUUUAUAAUCUAUAUUUUCGCUCUACAUAUCUUGGUGUUCAUCAAAAUUUCAAUUUAAACAUCAAAGCUCAUCCAUGAGUCAAACAGACCAAAUGGAUUAGUCAUGAAUUGGCUGUUUAUGAGCUUGUAAUCUCUGGUACAUAAAUUUUAUUAACAUUAUACAGUUCGAAAUAGUUUGAGAACACGAAUAAUUAGAUACUGGAGUUUUCUCUUUUUCUGACUUCACUCAAAAUGUAACUAAAAUAGAGUUUCGAUG